AUGAAACCAGCACGGGGCACAAACUCGCAGGACCUCCCGAAUGCGUUCCUGCCGCCUCUGGACGACGCUAGCAAGCAGAUCCGACUGCUAAAGGUCGAGCCUGCAGGGUUUGCUGACGAAAUCAGAUGCACAAUCGCCAGCUGCGAGCUUGGUGAAGUCUCAGCGUUCAACGCGAUAUCGUAUACAUGGGGCCCGGAGCAGCCUCAGCGCGAAAUCUUCAUUGACGGUCUGCGCUUUCCUGUGCGCCAAAAUUGCCACUACGCGCUCCAACAAGCACGUCAAUAUCGGAGCUCGAUACCGAUAUGGAUCGAUUCGGUGUGUAUCGAUCAGGACGACCUACACGAGAAAAGUGCCCAGGUCGGAAUCAUGGGCGACGUCUACGCGCGGGCUGCCACAGUGCUUGCCUGUAUCGGUCAGAGCGACGCGGCCUUAACUUUCUCUAGUCUAAUAUAG